CUGUGAUCGUCAACUGCUUGACAGCUGCUGCGCUCAUAAUCGGCAUCCCUCUUGAGGAGGAUUGAUUCGUCUCGAUAGGGGGGAUGAGCUCGAAUCUAUGCUCUUGCAAGUUCUGCAAGGCUUGCAGGAUCGAGAUCUACAGGCGACGCUGGAACAGGGUUUAUCAGUGGCAUCGCCAAACGAUCAGGAGACUGGUCUCGAAGAUGUUGAUAUCGCAAUGCUCUUCCGCCCUCUCUCAGUUCUCAUCGAAGUAAUUGAGUAUCGUCAGCUACUCCGCGACUAUAAUCUACCUAUCUGGGCCCUGCAACUUUGCAGACGUAUGGUGCAAAGAGCUAAUAUCAAACCUCCCUUGAACCCGAUUGCUGCGGAUCACCAAUAUCAAUGUCUCAGCAACGCCAGAGCUGCACUUCGACUUAGUAUCGUUGCCGACGCGGAUCUCAUGUACAGUGCUGGUGAUUACCGCACAUUGUGGAAAUGCACCGGAGUGGGCAUUAACCAUGGAAGACGCCGCAGGGAAGACUUUACAUGGUUGCUUGAUUUCAUUGUUCAUCACCGAGAUACCAAGGACCACCUUGCUUUAGGCGAUGCCCUCCAAACCAUGAGCAAGGUUGGCGAGGUAGAUUGGCCUGAAGAUUUGAUGCAGGUCUACUACUCGAGCAUUUGUGCAGCCAUGAGUCUGGACAUGCCUGUACAAACACGUUACCCUGGAAUGGCAGCGCUUUGCGCAGUCAGGAGAAAGGUGGCGUCAGAUUUAACGCCGAGCCUGAUGGCCAAUCUCUCACUUGCGCUGUUCUCUACCGCUGCUCUCUGCAUCGAUCCUCCUGUGGAUGACCAGCCUUCCGGUACCUUGCCUCUUUCAGAGAUUGCGCGAUCAUGGGGGCGUGACUUAUGUUACAUUCAAAUCAUCUUUGCGCUCCAGCAGGCGCGCAAAUGGGAUGAGUAUUUAGCAAAGGACGGGCACCUCGAACGAUGUGCUGGGAUCGCUGCCACCCUGGUAAACGAGAAUCGCAGCGGGCACAUGCGAGUGUUGUCUCGGCUGAAAGCAGGACAUCUCGCGCUUUACCUCGCAGCCAUCCUCGCGGGGGAACAGCACGACACUGCCUUUAGCACAGAUGCAGCUGGCAUCUCCACACCGACAGAUAAAACGAAGAUGUACUGGAAACUCAUCUGCCAAGCUUGGGCAUAUGCUUCAUCGCAGCGGCUGGAUGAGUGUGUCCAACGCGUCGUCCCCAUCCUCGUCCAGCACACCCUGCGACAUAUGAAAGGAGGACAACACAAUAUGUCGCGCCUCAUGAAUCAGAAGGGAGCGGUGUUGAAAGUACUGGAUGCACUGCGGUCAAUAUCAAGGGUUGGUGCGGAUGAUGAUCAAAUCAAUGAAUUGACGGAGUUGUUAGAAUUGGGGGAGAGGGUGGAGAGAACGACCGAACUUCACGUCGGGAGCUGAUGUAUAGGGUGCAUAUCUUGACAAGCGCAUGUGUCGCAUUAAGUAUUGUAUCAUUCGCUUGGAGAUACUAUUCUUAUGGACCGAGUUGUGAUAAAAUUAUUAUUAUUUGAAUC